ACCUGACCUGGUGUGUCAUAUCUGACAUGGAAGUCAUUGAGCUCAACAAGCGCACCUCAGGGCAAUCCUUUGAGGUUAUCCUUAAGCCACCGUCUUUUGAUGGAAUCCCUGAAUUCAAUGCCUCCCUGCCUCGACGGCGUGACCCUUCAUUGGAGGAGAUCCAGAAGAAGCUAGAAGCUGCUGAGGAGCGACGUAAGUACCAGGAAGCAGAACUCCUGAAGCAUCUGGCAGGGAAACGGGAACAUGAACGGGAGGUCAUCCAGAAAGCCAUUGAGGAGAACAACAAUUUCAUCAAAACUGCCAAGGAGAGGCUGAUGCAGAAAAUGGAGUCCAAUAAGGAGAACCGAGAGGCACAUUUAGCUGCUAUGUUGGAACGUCUGCAGGAGAAGGAUAAGCAUGCUGAGGAGGUCCGGAAGAACAAGGAAUUAAAGGAAGAGGCCUCAAGGUAAAGAGGCACUCAGGCAGAUAAAAAUUUGGACUGACGGCUCCAAGGAAAGAUGGCGGCAGGCGGCAGUACAUGGUGGAGGCUGCCUUAAUGCAAAGUGUUGACUGAGGAACUGGGAUUGUCCUCUGCUUUCGUUGUUUGUGAAUGUAAAGAAUUGAUGGGAGAAGCCAUCUCGUGUGUUUCAGGGAGGGAGGGGGACAUAAGGGGAAGAGGAAGCUGUGAAGAAGAAGUGUGCGUAUCUGGGGAGGGAAGAGGGUGGGCAUGGAUCAGAAGACACC